UGAGUUUCGGACUGGAGUGGCGAGGUCAAGAGUUGCGUGGUUGCUGCGUGUUUACAAAUCAAACGCCACACCUGAUGAUGUUGCUCUUUUAGGUGGAGGUCAAUUCUCGUGAUAUUUUCAACAUUUGACUUGAGUUUAUGUACACAGUCGUCACAUUCAAGUUCAGCUCCACUAACGCCUUUGUUGACAUUAAUAACACGUUCACACAUUUCUCAAAUUACAACCUGUUUUAAUGCAGCGUUUAGCAACUACCGUCGAACUCUGUUUAAAUUUACAUCUACUAAUUUGAGAGUUCUCUUUCUAAGAAUCUUGGUAAUUCAGAAAUGGUUGUUUUGGGAAGCAAUCUAGUCAAUUGAGUCUUCCAGUUACGCAGGUUUUUAAAGUUCUUGUGUGUGGAGUCAAGGUUACACCCAUGGGAUAUCUGAUCUGACCUAAGCUAUUGAGAGCUUGUUUGGUUUGAGACAUCUUGUACUUCUUGCAGCAGGCGAGCCUGAGAAAUACGGCGUAUGGGUGCCAUUUAUUUCUCAAUAACGAUUUAAAACCGUGAGUUUUCAUCUUGCACUAUUUGAAAGGGCAGACCAGGAGUCACCAAAAAAAAAGGAAGAAAGAAAGACUGAAAUCUCAUCGGACCCUUCAAUUCUAAGUCUUCAGCAGCACAGCUUGUGCAUAACGUCCUUUUCCUGUCAUGGAGACAGAAGCUAAGUCACAGGAAACAUCUCUACUUACGUCUGAAGGCAUGUGGUGGGGCACCCUGGGGUCUGUGCGGCCCUUCCCAAAUUUUCGUCCCGAGAGAGAUAUUACAGUCCUACACACUGCACUGGAGAAGAAAGAUGUGAGCACAAUUGUGAGAAUACUAACCAAUCGCAGUAAUGCUCAGAGACGAUCUCUUGCCCAGGCAUACAAGAAUUUCUCACAAAAGGAAUUGGACGCAAGUCUGAAGAAGGUUCUUUCUGGUGAUCUGCAGUCUCUGAUACUUGGACUGAUGAUGAUACCAGAGCAGUUUGAGGCCUAUCGCUUACGCAAAGCCAUGGAGGGUGCUGGUACAGAUGAAGAAACUCUUUUAGAGAUUUUGUGCACAAGGACACCACAGCAGCUCUCUGACAUCAGGGCUGCAUACAAUCAAGAGUAUAAGCGGGAUUUGGAGAAAGACUUGAUAAGUGAAACCAGUGGAGAUUUUUCAAAGCUCAUUGUGGCAUUGUUGCAGAAAGAUAAUGGGCCAGAAAUGAUUGACCAGGAUACAGCAUCUUUAUCUGAGGAGCUGAAAAACAAGAAACCUGCAGCUGAUAUUUGGAUCAAAAUACUCACCACAAGAAACCCAGACCAUCUCAGGACUGUACGAUGUAUACAGAACCAGAAUUUAUUCUUGGCACAACGGAUCCAAACUAUGAAAGCACCGGUGGUCCAGGGUGUGAUGGUGGCUCACAGUGAGGAGGAUCUACUGAGAGUUAGAGUUGCAUACCUUCAGUCAACAGGAACUUCACUGUACACAGCCUUACAGAAGCAGUUUAAAGGUGAACUCCAGCAGGGUUUGUUGGCUAUAUGUCGUGCAGAAGAUUAGAAGUAAUACUGUGUAUGACACAAAUGAUAAACAUUUAUGUGCAUUCAGUGAAAUCAUUCCAUUCAUUUUAAUUGCUGUUAAACAAAAGCCUUGUGUCUGAAAAUAAAUAAA